AUGUCCACAGCAGAAGGAGUUACUCGUGCAGUAGUUGAAUCCGAGGCCAAUCCUUUGAUUGUAUUUGCCAGUGUUUUCACAUUCAUUUCAUCAAUAGUAGCUUAUUAUUUCCUUCAAUUAUCAAGAAAGAAUAAUACAUCUCAACCUAUUUUAAAUCCUGAAGAAUUUAAAAAGUUUCCUUUAAUUGAAAAGAUUAAAGUUACUCAUAAUUCUUCUAUCUAUAGGUUCGGAUUACCUAAAUCAAGUGAUAAAUUGGGUUUGCCUAUUGGUCAACAUAUUUCUAUUGGUGCUACCAUUAAUGAAAAAGAAAUCGUUAGAUCUUAUACUCCAAUUACAAAUGAUGAUACCCUUGGUCAUUUUGAUUUAUUAAUUAAGACUUAUGAAAAUGGUAACAUUUCCAAAUUUGUUGCUGAAAAGAAGAUUGGUGAUAUGAUUGACAUUAGGGGUCCAAAGGGGUUCUUCAAAUAUACUCCAAACAUGGUUUCUUCAUUCGGGAUGAUUGCUGGUGGAACUGGUAUUGCACCAAUGUAUCAGAUCAUAACUGCUAUCUUGAAUAAUCCUGAAGAUAAAACCAAAAUUAGUUUACUUUAUGCCAAUGUAACUGAAAAUGAUAUUUUAUUAAGAGAAGAAUUAGAAAAAUUACAACAAGUUAAACCUGAACAAUUUUCAAUUCAUUAUGUUUUGAAUGAAGCAGGUGAUCAUUGGAAGGGAUCUAUUGGAUUCGUUACUCCUGAAUUAAUGAAGAAGUGCUUACCUGGCCCAAGCGAUGACCUGAAUUUAUUGUUGUGUGGUCCACCACCAAUGAUUAGUGCUAUGAAGAAGGCUGCUGUUUGUUUAGGAUUCGCAAAGGCUAAACCAGUCAGUAAAUUAGGUGAUCAAAUUUUCGUUUUCUAA